AUGGUUCAUCAUCGAAAGCAAAAGACCCCGAUGUGUCAACCUCAGAGAUCUGUUUCCCUUCCACCCAUCUGUGAAGUCGAGAAGGUCAUGUUCGAGUGCACUCAACCUACCCAACAUCCUGCUAUAACACGAAUUACGACACCGUUGCCAUUUAGCAACAACAUUUCCAAGAACUUGGCAUGGGCUGCCGCUUUCAUCGACCGUGCCGGUCAUCUGACCAAGGACUAUGAGCUCCUUGAGAAGCGACUCCAUGCUGCCAUCGACACGAUUGGAAAUGAUGCGAUUGAGAUGACACUCUUGCGCCAGCAACUUCGUGAUCAGUCUCGCAGGGUUCAAAGUCUUGAGUUGAAGGUGAGCGGGCAAGCCAACGAGCAGCAAGAAUUGGAGCAACGCCUAGCAAACACCCGCGACUUAGCUGCCAAGACAGAGAGCGAUCUGACCAGCAAACUUCGAAACACCGAAAGGGCCCUUCAGCAGUCCAAAGCAGCUGAGGGUCGUCUCAAGAACAAGCUUGAUAAGACACUCCUCGAAGAGCAUGAGAGAUGGGAACGGGAGGCUAAGCAUGACAGAGCCGACCAUGCGUCUCUUGAUGCAGCCUACGAUGCUCUUGAAAAGUCUCAGCAGGACAAGACUGCCUUACAGUCGGAACUGGAUAACAAGAUCCAAGAGCUAGCAGCAACGAAGCACGAGCUGAAUGUUGCGCAAGAGGCUAUGAGCACUUGCAAGGCAAAUUGCGAGGAGAAGAGUUCCCAGAUCGAAACUCUCACUCAACAAUUGGCUACCGCAAACAGAACAAACACUGAGCUCAGCGCGAGUAUUGACAGUACCGCUGCUCAGCUGACCUCAAAGAACCAGGAAAUAGCAGACCUUACUGAGUCUCUCAACCAGGCUAACAAUCAACUGGCGACGGCCAACCAGACUAUUGCCCACCAGGCCAGCACCAUUGCCACACUCGAAGCUAGUCUAGCUGGUGUCCAAGACGAAAGAGACCAGAAGCUCAAGCUUCUGGAAGACCUUCAGGAAUCCACUCAAGCAACACAGAAGGCUCUCCAGGACAAGAUCGAUGAGUUAAGCGCACAUGAUCUUGAUGAUCACCAACGACUCGAGGCAGCCACCGAGGCCAAGAGACUUUCUGACGAGUCCAUCAAAGACCUCCAAGCCAAGGUAGAUGCCGCCAAUGCCCAUGACGCCGAUGUGCAGGCCAGACUCCAGGCUGAAGAAGAGGCUAAGCGAGCGGCGGAGGCUGAGCUUGAGCGAGUCAAGUUACAACUUGAAGAGGCCAACAAGCCCAAGCUUCCCAAUACAGUGACUCUUUCGAAUCCGAUUCCAAUUGUGGGCAGCCUAGGCGGAGCCACCAAUGACUUUGACGAUAUCUUCUACCCAAUCGUUUCCUCUUUCCCUGUCACCAUCUAUGGUCAUUCGUCCACCAGCAUCUUUGUGUCUAUCAAUGGUCUUCUAAGCCUUGACACUGGUGACCGGACAUACACUCAUCAGCCUCUUCCCUUCCGCAAUGGUGGUCUUCCAGCCCAUACUUUGCCCCCCUUCUGGUGCGACCUGUUCAUCUACAAGGACACUCCUCAAGGUAUCUAUUACGAGAUUGUUGGUCAAGCUCCCUCUCGCUCCCUUUGUGUUGAGUGGUAUGUCUCUCGCUACGGAGACAAGGACCAGUACUACCAUUUCCUGGUGUUGCUCGAAGAAGCCAGGCCCAACAUCGUGACUUAUAAGUACUUUGAGGCCCUAGACAAGGGUGCCAAGUGCACUAUCGGUGCACAGGGACCAGACAGCGCUCAACAAUGGUCGUACAAUGAGACAAAGGCGCUGCCUGGUGUUCAGGUUGUUAUUGAUACGGGUUCCGGCUCGGUGACCGAGAGUACUUUUACAAUUACUAACUGA